CAUCUCUUCAUCUGACUGAUACAUACUCGACCAGUCACGAUGGGCAACGUCCUUUCUCCCCACUACACUUAUGAGCCUACUGUCGCUGACCUUGGAUCUCUCGGUCAGCUUGAAGGCACCCUCAUUGAUGGCAGAGUUAAGCGCUUCCUCAAUGUCCCCUAUGCGUUGCCUCCCACCGGAGAUCACCGCUUCAAACGACCAAGGCCUCUGCCUACUGGAUACUCCUAUAAUCAAGACGGAAAGCCCAGGCAGGCGACUGAGUUCGGUCUCCCAUGCCCUCAGCCUAAAUACACCAACCUUCACGUCUCUGAAGUUGCCGAGUCUGAUGAAGACGCCGAACAAAUCGAUCCGUACGACGAGGAUUGUCUGAAGAUGAACAUUUGGAUGCCUGCCGCCCCUCCUCCUCCUGAAGGCUAUUCGGUCUAUGUGUAUCUGCAUGGCGGCUGGUUGCAGAUCGGAGACCCUAGUAUUGAUCCUAAUCUUGACCCUACCGAGCUCAUCUCAUCUGGCGGCCUGAAUUGCAUUUUUAUCUCUACAGGCUAUCGUGUCAGUGCUCUAGGUUUCCUCGCUUCUCGUGAACUCCAAGAAGAGUCCGAGGACGGAUCAGUGGGCAACUAUGGCCUCUGGGACCAGCGUGUAGCCCUCGAGUGGGUCCACGAGCAUGUGUCCUCUCUCGGAGGAAACCCAUCUCGAGUUGUUUUAGGCGGAAGAUCUGCGGGAGCAUACUCUACCCACGCUCAGGCUGUCCACGAGCUCCUCGUUGCAAAGCCUACUGAGGGCGGUUUGUUCCAGCGCAUGAUUCUAAUCUCGAAUGCUAUCCCAGUCCUUCCCAAGACAAUCGAGGAGACGCAAUCUCAAUUCGACUCCCUUCUCACCGCCCUCGACAUCCCCCUGUCCCUUUCGUCUGCUGAGAAACUUGCUCGGCUGCGACAAGUUCCAGCAAAAGUCCUCAACACGAAACUCAUGACCAUCGAGCAGUUCACUUUCCGAACCGUUCAGGAUGGGCAUUUCUUCCCUACAAGCCAGACGUGGCUAUUCGAUGGCAAGUUCGCGAAUGAGUUUAAGAGACGAGACAUGGCAAUGAUCAUCGGAGAAGUCAAAGACGAGGAAACGCUAUACAGGUCUGAGUUUGACGUCAGUGACGAGUCCAAGCUGUUCAUCGCCGUCAACCAAUACUAUGCGCAGAGUAUCUGCCGACAGAUGAUUGACCUCUACCUUCAUCAAAAGAUCAAAGAGCCGUUCCAGCAUCCCGAUCCCGAUCCUACGGUUGACAACCUCGUCAAGGUCCUUGGCGACAUCAUCAGUGACGGCCAAGUCAGAGCUCCAAGCAGAUCCCUGACCCGUCAGCUGCGCGAUGCUGGGGUGCCUCUCAAGAGUGUUAAUCGAUACAUAAUUUCUUGGGUACCAGAACUUGUCAUGAAAUACGCGCCCAAGGCUUUCGGUGUGACUCAUGCAAUGGAUCGUCCCAUCCACAAUUUCUCCAUCUUCCAUGGCCCGAAGCCGGAAGAAGAGAAAGUCAUGCGUGAAUGGAUCCAAGAUUGGGCGGACUUUGUUAAUUGGAGACCCUUCGACUACGGCACCAGAGAAUGGACACAAGUCAAAGUCAUGAGCCCCAAAGACGGGGGAAGUAUUCAGAUUGAAGAGGACACGAAAUGGGAGUAUCUUGAGAAGGUUUCGCAAGUGAUCGAGGGACGUUGAAAAGGGGAGCCCGCCAAGUCAUCUAUAGAAUAUAUGCACGUACAACAUUGAACAGA